CUCCUUGCUCUCUUACUACACAGUCCUCAUCCCGCAGCAUACCAGGGCCCCGCUCGUCCUCUGACUGCGCCCUAUCUAAUCGCGCCGUCAAGGCAGCAACACAUUCCACAACCCGGCGCGUCUUGACUUUCUGAGUCUUGUUUUCUUUUUCCGCACCUGCUGCGCCCGCGUCGCGCCCUAUUCCCUAGUCACUCUACAAACUCUUGUCUAGUUCUUGGCACCGCUGCUAGUCAUCAAUCCACUACCAUGUCCUGCGUGUCGACGCCAACUUCGACCCAGUUCUCUACUGUGGUCACUACCUCUGUGUCCACUUCCUUUACCGAGUCGGUCACGACUAUCCCCGGUACGACGAGUACUGUCGUCACUACUUCGUGUUUGCAGACGGGCGAUGUGAGUGCUUUAUCCGUACCCGGUGAUCCAAGUUGUAUUUCGUCGACGGUGAUUACGACGACUACGGUUAUUGGAGGUGGAACGAGUACGACACAAGUACCUGUAGCUACAGUCACCGACUCUAUCACUUCCCUCGUACCAACAAAUACGCUCUUUGCACCAUGCACCGAUACAACAUCCUCCACCACUUCGUUCACCGAUACAUCGACAACUAUAGUCGCGACCCCGACUACGACGAUAACGUCCUCUUCACAGUCGACACUGGCCGAUGGACAGGUAACUCAAGUGUUUGUCACUUUGACGAGCGUCCUACCGCCGACGAGUUCUGUUGUAAACACGUCUGUACCAGCUCCUACAACUCAAGCUGGCGGUAAUGGGGAUAGCAACUCGGGUACUGCUUUGGGCGCGAUUAUUGGUGGCUCUGUUGGUGGAUUCCUGGGUCUUCUUGCAAUUGUCGGGGUGGUGUGGUUCUUCCGACGACGGCGCAAUAAUUUCGACGAUAUCUUCGAAAAAGAUUACGAAGAGUACGGGGGUGGAAAACCUCUUGCCCCUUCACGUGGAAGGAUGCUUGAUCUAGAGGACGAACCCAUCGCCCCGAAAGACACCAACACCGAACCCAAGCCUUACAUUUAUGGACUCGUCGGCUCGAGGAACGCAGCUCCGCAAUCACUCAACGCUGGUAUCGGAACAAUUCCUCUUUCACCUGGUACACCAGGUAGCAGGCCAUCAACUGGUCAGACCACUCAUACGCGCGCGUCAAGCUUAACUCCGCUCAUGGCUAGUAGUGGAAAUAAUAAUAACGCAGCGAGUUCGAGACCGGGAAGCUCUGUCUCGGAAAAUAAUUCGGGAGGUGGACAUUCACCGACACCUUCGUUUGGCCCUUCGAUGAAUGUUAUGAGGAGUACGAGUCCUGGACCAUUAGGUGUGUCGAUACCUACUGGACCUGUAUUUGGUGAAGCCGUCUUGGGCGGAGCAAGUGGAAGUGGCAAUGGUGGUAUGAGUGGUGGUGGGGACAGCCCAACGAGUAUGGCCGCUCCUCGAGGUCCACUCUUCAUAGCGAACCAAUUCGACCCGAUAUCUUCUCCCGCUACUCCUACUCCUGAUGACCCCAGAAACAGAAAUGCCAACGCUAGCAGAAGUAGUCUAUCUGCUGUUGCCGGACCUUCUUCAGCUACAGCCAGUAGAGAUGUGAAGAGCCCAAGUGGAAUCCCUCCUGCUGCGUUAGCGUAUCUUGCAGAUCGGCAACGUCAGGGGUUACAGAGGAGUGAUACGACUUCGAGUGCUUCUGUUUAUUCGCAGCCUUCUCGUGCCCCAUCUCCUCCACUUCCUCCUCAGCAAACGACGAAUGCGAGUGGGAGUGGGAAGAGUCCGGUUACGUUGAGAGAUCAGAGGAGGAGAGAGAGUGAGGUUGUUGUGCAUAAGGAUGCGGGGAGGGUUACGCCGCCUGAUCAGCCACCUGCGUAUCAGGAUUAAUAAUAGCCGGAGAAGGUUGAUAAUAUGAUUUAUCAAUGUGGACGAGACCGACGAUAGACGAGUCGCCCUCUCUGUUACGAUUCAUACCACCAUCACUUUCGUCAUGGACUCAUGGACUUACACAGCUUGGUUUAAAGUGACUUAACCUUGGUUUGAAGUCUGAACGUCUCUCCGUUACUUUAACGUCCCAUCUCUAAUGAAUGGACUCGUACUUAACUGGACUCAAAGUUACACGCACACGUAACUGGACACUGGUAGUUUCGGUCCUGUUCGACCUUCACAUAAGUAUGGACCUCCCAUUCACAUUUGCAUUCACAAUGUACAUUAUCAACCUGCAUCAACUUGGACUUUCAUCCAGGACGUUCUCUCCUUCAUUUCUUUUUGCUUUUCUUGUAUGGACUUGGGCUCUGUGCUCUGUCAUCAUGAUGUUUCGUUCCGCUCCUUUCCUUUCCUUUUUCGUUGAUAAAAUGAUUUUCGUUCCUUACUAGUGAUCUGAACAGACAGACUCCAGACCAGAGAAACUUUUCAUACGCGUCUUUCUCUUUGUCUCGUCUUAAAAAAAAGUUUCUCUCCUUCCCUCUUCGCUCCUUCAUCUUUGAUUAGUAUGCUACCUGCUAUUGAUAUUUGCAUUCUUUUGCUUUUGCUAUUUUAGGGUUUUUUUUGCUUAGUUUUCUAGUGGGAUACUAGGUAUCAACUAGUAGUAGUAACUCGUGGUGGUUCGUUCCUUU